AUGAGGAUGGACCUCACGACACAUGCCAUGAUGAUAAAAAAUGUGGCUUUCGUUCCCCUCCUUGCCUGUUCUUUGAAGCAGCUUGUGGAGAUCCAAACUCUUGCGGCCUUUCUGCCGUCCGUGUUUGAAUUUGGUGCCGGUUUUGACGUCGACGCAUUUUUGCUUCUUGCUUCGAGUUGUCUCCGAUGGAGAGUUCUGUCGGAUCGUUGUCUCCGCAUUCGUGUCAUUCGGAAGUUUCAACCCGGUAGUAAUGGUCAGAGUGAAGAGUGUGCAGAGAGAGAAGCUGGUCUGGAACACCCGCGGUGAUUAGUCUUGCAGAUUUUGGGUUGACUGUUGUUUGAUCAGAUCUGGAUUAAAUGUCGGUCCGCUCAGGUAAAGGUGAAUGCACUCUAUCUGAAUCUUUGAAGAAAUUGUUAGUGUUCUCCCAAACUGUUAGCGCGUGUUAGCGCCCUAGUCCCCAGUCGUGCCCUGCGAUGACGAGGAUUAUAAAAUACCCGCGCUUCUGAAGGCUUGCGCUUUGUGAAGCAAAUUGGUAUUGGUUGAAUUUCUUCUUAUGAGUCUUCGUCACGGCACGGUUAGGUUUUGCAGAAGGAAUGGUGCUAUCUAGAUCAGAGCCAAUGCAAGUUCCCAGGUACUCCUGUACUACUUAGCGGUGUGUGAGGCAACUCCCUGGUUCGAGAUAUAUUUGAACCCCUCGAUUUGGACAUUCAUCCCAUUGGAAACCGGUGGAUAAAGUGGUCGUGCGUAGGACAUCCUUGGCUUCUGGUAUACAUUGAUCAGUGUCUAGCAAGAGCACAAUCAGAGACUGUUUCAAAAUGUACCACAAGCGGGAUGCCCAAAGAGUAUCGAUCCAGUUUCUACAAUUGGUGCCUUUCCUUCCGGACUCAUCCCCCGCGGUACGAAUGAGAAGUCUGGAUUGUUCAAAUGUGUAGCUCUCCGGACGCGUCGUCGAACACUGAGGGAACCUUUUACUUCAAAUGACUUGGCCUCUAGCACCCCAGAGGAGAAAGAUUGGCAAUUCUUAGACUGACAUAACUGUAAAAUAAAUGCUAUACAUACCCAAAAGUCCACAGUAAAAAUCUAACAAUUUCUCCAGCUUCUCGAUGCGAAAGGCUCGCACCACUCAGUACUGCGAACUGAUUUGCAACGUCCAAUAACAGGCAGAAUGAC